AGCAGCUCUGUUCCCAGCUGAGAAAGGACCAGUGAGCAAUGCCAAGUGUGGUGGUAUCUGAGGUUCCAGUUGCACUGGGGAGACAGACAGGGAGUGAGGGCAGAAGAGGAAGGUAUGGAGCAGGCUCUCCUGCGUGCACAGGGUGCCACCAUUUCACCCACCUGAUACUAUUCACUUGAGCUGUACUUGCUACCUGAAUUUUUUUGUUUGACAGUGGGAAAAAGAAAUCAGAGUGGCUGGAUAAAUAAUAUAGUUAGAAAGGGCUUUUAUUCCUUAACAGGGUGAUGCUGUUGCUGAGGUUUAUCUAGGUUGAAGGAACCUGCAGAACCGGUAUCUUUAUACAAACUCUAGGUCCGUCUGUAAUACAAGGAACAGGACAGGCACAUUAGGGCUUUUAAAACGACAUCUAAAAGGCAAAUGAAGCAGCCCUGAGGAAGAAGCGGCCAUGGAUACGAGCAGCGCGAAGCAACAGGAGUGAGUGUUGCAUACCUUCAUGCACCCACUCUACGCUGUAUCUGUAAUAAAACAGUCAGAGGCAGACAUGGGCUCUGCCACACUUGUACGUGCAAUGCUUUUGAACUGGUUGCUCUUGCUGUUGAGUCUGGUAUGCUGUUCUGCUGCGGCUUAUGUGGAUGAGCCCAACCUGAGCAACAGUUUCUUGCCUCACUAUGAACCUGAUCAGGCUGUUGGCUCUUCACAAGAUACGAGGCUACAUGUUUUCACAGUGGACUAUGGCUAUGUGCAAAUUCCCUAUGAAGUUACUCUUUGGAUCCUCCUUGCCUCUCUUGCAAAAAUAGGUUUCCACCUCUAUCACCGAUUACCCAGACUCAUGCCUGAAAGCUGCAUCCUGAUUGUCAUUGGAGCACUAGUAGGAGCAAUCAUUUUUGCUUCAGAUUACAAAUCUCCACCGGUGAUGGACUCAAGUAUUUACUUUUUGUAUCUCCUUCCACCCAUCAUCUUAGAGGAGGGUUAUUUCAUGCCAACUCGCCCAUUUUUUGAAAACUUUGGGUCCAUCCUGUGGUGGUCUUUGCUGGGAUCUCUGCUAAACUCAUUUGGAAUUGGCUUCUCCCUCUAUGGGAUCUGCCAAAUAGAAGCCUUCGGCCUGACUGACCUGGACCUGCUGCAGAACCUGCUCUUUGGCAGCAUGAUUUCAGCUGUGGAUCCUGCGGCAGCUCUGGUAGUUUUCGAAGAAGCCUCCGUUAAUGAGCAGCUCUACAUGAUGAUCUUUGGAGAGUCAUUGCUAAAUGGUGGCAUCACUGUGGUUUUAUAUAACAUCUUCAUCGCCUUCACCCAGAUGCACAGGUAUGAAGAGAUCGAAUCCAUCGACGUCUUUGCUGGCUUCGCUCGCUUCUUCGUGGUGGGGCUAGGUGGCAUGUUGUUUGGCAUUGCCUUUGGAUUUGUUUCGGCGUUCAUGACUCGAUUCACCCACAACGUUUCUGCUAUUGAACCCCUGCUGGUCUUCAUGUUCAGCUACCUGGCAUACUUGUCCGCUGAAACCCUUUACAUCUCAGGCAUUUUGGCGAUGACAUCAUGUGCAGUGACAAUGAAAAAAUAUGUGGAGGAGAACGUUUCCCAGAAUUCCUAUACUACAAUAAAAUAUUUCAUGAAGAUGCUGAGCAGCGUCAGUGAGACCCUGAUUUUUGUAUUCAUGGGAGUGUCUACAGUGGGGAAAAACCAUGAGUGGAACUGGGCCUUCAUUUGCUUCACCCUGCUCUUCUGCCUCAUUUGGCGGACACUGAGUGUAUUUGCUCUCUUCUACAUCAGCAACAAGUUCCGAACAUAUCCCUUCACUUUCAAAGACCAACUUAUUAUUUCCUACAGUGGCCUUCGAGGAGCCAGCAGCUUUUCUCUUGCAUUCUUACUUCCAGUGAAUCUCUUCCCUAGAAAAAAUUUGUUCAUUACCGCUACUCUUGUAGUUACAUAUUUCACUGUGUUCAUCCAAGGAGUCACAAUUGGACCAUUGGUCAGGCAUCUAGAUGUGAAAAAGACCAACAAAAAGGAGUCUAUCAAUGAAGAGAUUCAUGUGCGAUUGAUGGAUCAUUUGAAGGCUGGUAUUGAAGACAUAUGUGGACACUGGAGUCAUUAUCAGCUGAGAGAUAAAUUUAAGAAGAUUGAUAAUAAGUAUUUGAAGAAAAUCUUAAUUCGGGAACACCAGCCCAAAUCCAGCAUUGUGUCAUUGUACAAAAAGAUGGAGAUAAAACUGGCCAUUGAGAUGGCUGAGAGUAGCAUGAAACUUUCAGAAACACCUGCAGCUUCUUCACAGAAUGGUAGAAAUCGGCGUGUGCGUAGGCUCUCCCACACAGAGAUGAAGUCCUUGAGAGAAGUCUUGGCACAUAAUCUAUACCAAGUGCGACAAAGGGCACCAGCGUACAAUCGACACAACCUGCCUACCAGCGCAAACGAGAAACAAGCCCAAGAAAUCCUCAUCCGUCGGCAGUACAGCCUGAGGCAGAGUUGCAGGAAAGGAAACAGCUUACCUUGGGGUAGACCGGUUAACACCACAGAAGUACGCUACCUCUCCUUGCCUCAGGGCCCCAGACAGCGCACAAGACAAAAAGCCAGGCAUGUUACUUUUACAGAUCACCACAGAAGUGGCUCUGAUGCUGCAUUCCCAUUAAUGUUCAGACCCCAGCCCCAACUACGUCCAGUUGCAGCAAAGUAUCACCAGGAAGAGCUGAUUCCAAUGGCACACUUGGAUAGACGAGCACGCUCAUCCAAUCCAUCAGGUCGAAGAGGAAAUUCAAUCAGGCAGCAUCGUUUCACCAGAGCAGAAAAUCUAGCUCUAAUGCCAAAGUCUCAAUUCACUGUGGGAGAAGUAAAGGGAUAUGAGUCAGAAGAGGAGACAGUAAAAAUGGCACCAGCCAAGCCAUUAGACAUAUGAGGAGCAUAGAAGAGCAAUGUUUGCAUCUCUAGGGUCCUCUGUGCACUGCUCCAGAGAAAAUAACAAAGCUCUUAUAUGAACCAAAUCCCAAUUUUCCUUUUGGGACUACUGCACUUGUUCUCAUAUCACUUUCAAAUGCUGUAUCAAGGUACUUAGUGGUUCAGAGAAGGCUCAAAUUCUUAUAUGUUUCUGUCAAGCUUUCUUUCCAACGAAACACUGCAGGAAAGAGGAACAUGACUUUUGUAGGGGUUUGGACACGGAUUUAAAUGACGAUAGUUGGGCACAUGCAAUGCUGUGGGUGGAAGCUAAUAUUGCCUUUCUCUGUUCUGCACUAUGGCCUGCAUCCAGAAGAAAGAAACACUGAAGGACAUACUUGGCACAAGAGUGCCAAGAUUGGUAACUUCAACUUGCUUAGAGCUUUUGACCUCAGAGUAGCUGAGAUUUUCCAGGAAAAAGUUAAAAAACAGAAAUGCAUUUUUAGGCACCUAAAUGUCAUGGAACAUGUCUAAAGAAGUACUUGAGUAAAAAGGAGUUUUAGUGGACAUUUUCAGCACCACCAGAGGGAAAAAAUAAAACCCUUUUUCCCCCUUUUUCUCAUGUUUGCAGCUUUUGUGUGUAGCAGGCCAUAAAGAAUGCACUGGAAUUGUACAAAGCUUUAUGAAACUUAAGUUCUGUUUGCAUUUCCUUACUGUGCCAGAGAAAUGAUACAACUUCCUUUUAUGAGAGCAAUUAUUACAAGAGGGUAAGGUCUGGCUUUUGUACCAACACUGAAUAAGCAAUGAAAUACAGUUCUGUACCUGAAAAUCAACAAAUAAACCCAGCUUCACCAAAAGAGGAAGUACCUCUUGCCAGAUCUCAAUCCUAUAGCAAGUUAUGUUAACAUUUUAUAAAUCUGUAUGAAAACAUUAAGAAAAAGAGUUAUCCUACAAAAUCAGGUUUUAAAUUGCAAUGUGAGUCACCCACUUGCUGCAUGAAAUUUAAUGAGGCCAAAAUUAGUGAUGUGGUCCUUAGGGCAUAGAGCUGAUGCAGGUGCAUGGAGUGAGGUGAUGAAGGUGUGGGACCUGCUGCUGCACUACAGAGUCACAAGGGGGUAGGAUCUCCAAAACUGGCUGCUGGGUGAUGUGGACUGGAGGCAGUCCCUGGAGACAGCAGUGAAAGGCAAGUGGAAAUCUGAGUGGAAGGUGAAGAAGGGAUAGUAUCUCACCUUCAAAGGGAGCUCAGGAGAGAGAUUAAACACAGGAAUUACUGUCAGCUGCAAAUUCAGCAUUUCCUCUUUAAGAAGAUUUAAUAAGCAGGUUGUGUGGGGGAGCUGGACAGAUACAAACGUGAAAUGAGGAAGGUUAAUUGGAUAUCUGGAGUGGCAUGGAAAGGGACUAGACAUACAUGAUGGAAAAGAAGACUGUGCAAUUUGGUCAGGGUGUAUUUGGCAGGCAUGUUUAAAAUUGACUCCUAAAUUCUUUAUUAAAUACUAUAAAAGUCAUGGAGCAUUCAUAUAAACACCCAUUGUAAGUAAGGAGCAAAGCAUUCAAUUCCUAAUGAUCAUUUAUACUAGAACUAGAGAAAAAGAAUUAAGUCUUGCUAAAAUACAAAUAAAUAUACAAGUACAAAAAAUACAAGUACCGGUGCAUAGUUGGAAUAAAAUCUACCUCUUGGUUUGUUCCUAAUCUUUCCUUGAUGAAAUCAGUGAGCCAGGUCUU